AUGACAACAGGUGGUGUUCCUGUACCUAUUGAAAUAUCAAAUACUUUAAAUAGCCCUGUUGUUUUUGAAGAUUCAUUAAUACACCAAUUUAAAGAAAAUGGAUUAAGAACAGUUUUUGAAGGAGAUUCAUUAUGGGUUGAUUUAUAUCCUAAUCAAUUUAAUAGUGUUUCGAAUGAUACAGCCCAUAACAUUACAGAUAUAGAUAGUGUUGAUAAUAUAUGUGAUAAAGCAUUACAACAACAUCAAAAUGCAAGUGAUUAUGAUAUAAUGAUAUCUCACUUUCUUGGAAUUGAUCAAGUCGGUCAUUGUUAUGUUGCUAAUCAUCCAUUAAUGAAAAAAAAAUUAAUAGAAAUUAAUAACAUUCUUAAUAGAUCAUUAUAUUCACUACCUGAAGAUACAUUAGCAUUAGUUUUUGGUGAUCAUGGAUUAACAGAAGAAGGGAACCAUGGAGGAUCAACACUAGAAGAAAUAGAUGCAGGGUUAUUUGUUUAUGAUAAUAGGAAAAAUCGAAAAGGAGGAAGAAAAGAAGUUGAGAAAAUAACACAAGUUGAUAUUGUUCCAACGAUUGCAAUUGGGAUGGGUAUUCCUAUACCAUAUAGUAACAUUGGAACACCUAUUCGAGAUAUUAUAUUAGGAAGAGAAGAAGAGAUAGAAGAUAUUCAAAGAUAUGUGAAUGCAUUAAACAUUACAACUAAUCAAAUUAUUCGAUAUUUAAAAGAAAAAGAAGGGAUAAGAAGAGAAGAAUGGAUAAAAGAAAUAGAAAAAGAAAUAAAAAAAAUUCAAGAAGAAGAAAUAAAAUAUUUUGAACAGAAAGAGAAAUUAAUAGAAGUAAUGAAUGAACAUGAACGAAUAAGUCAUGAAAUACAUAAAAAAUAUGUUAAACAUAAAUCAACAUUUAAAUUUAAUUAUAUGUUAGCUGGUAUUAUUAUUACUGUUUUAUCUUUGUUUGUAUCAUUGCUUACAUUAUUACUUCCAAAAGAUUCAAGUGUUCCGUAUAAACCAUUAAUAUUUGGGAUAUUUAUUGGAAUCUUCUUAGGACUGGUAUUAAUUACAACUUCUAGUUUUAACUUUUUUGAAUGUUUAGUAAUAGGAAUGAUACUUUGUUCUGAAGUUUGUUAUAUUAUUGGAUGUUUUGUAACACUUUUCAAGCUUCCAUUUACUUUAACAACACUAACAACAAUUAUCCCCUGUGACUUAUUAAUGGUUGGUGUUGUUACUCUUAUUUAUGGAUUUGGACAGUGUACUGAUUCUUUUAUUAAAGAAGAAAACUAUACAUCAUUUUAUGUUGGUAUGUGCUCUUUUGUCGUAUUGACAUAUUUCAAUUGGUUGGAAACAAAACAAUUACCAAUUAUGGAAUUAGUGUUUUGUUAUUUAGUUUCCAACUAUAAUUAUUUCGUUCAUCCAUUUGUUGGGUAUAUUUGUAUUUUUGCCCUUUCAUUGAUGUUUUAUUUCUACAAGCAUAAUACCUUAUUAUCUGUUGCAAUGCUAUUAUCACUCAUAUAUCAUUUAAUAGAAAAUUUAUCUAUUCCUUUAUUAACUAUUUUAAUUCCUGACUCUAUCUAUCUUUUAAGCUUAAUAGAAAUGGUAAUUCUUAUACGAAAAAAAGAUGUUAAUUGUUUGUAUUCACUAAUACCAAUUCUAGGUGUAAUAUUACCUUUAAAUGUGUUAAUAACUAUUUUAUUUUUUAUAUUUUUAAUAUGGUAUUUCAAUAAGCACUCAUUCAAUUUAGGAGUACUUCUUGUGUUUUUCUUCUUUGGAAUUCAUUUCUUCUUCUUAAGUGGACAUGCAUUCCAAUUUAGUGAUAUUCAAUUUAAUGCUGGAUUUAUUGGAAUACCAUUCUAUUCAUUCUUUGGAAAUGGCUUUUUGGUUAUUUUGAAUACUUUCUUCUUCCCAAGUAUCAGUAUUAUUUUUGGUUUGCUAAUAAUUUUGAAGUCCCAUCUAACUAAAACAUCUUUGUACAUUCGAAGUUCUUUAUGCCUCGCAACUAUGUUUAUAUACCAAUUAGUUCCAAUAAUGUUCUUUACUUAUUUUGUGUCUGGACAUUUAGAAAUAUUUAGGUUAUUUACACCAAAAGUAUGUUUUGAUAUAUCUUUCUGUAUAGCAACCGACGUUAUGAUAGGUAUUGGAUAUUUCCUUCAAAAACAUGCUCCAAAACAGCUUGAAGAAGAAAAGUCUUAUUUAGAUUAG